AAAUUCAAUUAUACAUUGGUUCGUAAACAGUGCGUGUAAAAUCUUAAACCAAGAAGUAAACACUAGUGUAAUGUAACAGAUGUGUGUCGUUCGGCAGGCAACACAUCUCUUUAAACUGUUUUAUUGAUAUCGUUAUUGUGUAUUUUAAAUUCCGAAAUUGGGACAUUUCAAAAAGCACAUUUUCAACGUUCGUAUAUACAUUUGUUCGUGUUAUAUUGAAUCACUGCAUUGUUGUGUGUGAAACCGCUACACAGGAAAAACAUGAAAACCGCGAGAUACAGCUUGGUGAUUGUCUGCUUGAUGUGCAUAAUUGGAGUUCACUCAACGGCAGCAGACCACAUUCGGCCCAUCCGUACAUUCACCAUGACGGUGACUAAUUCUCUGAAGACACCGAUGUUCAACAACUCCAUCACUCUUCCCAUCAGAUGGAUCAGAUCUCGUCUCAUAGACUAUAUGGAGACGGCUGGUGACAUUGACCAAUCCAAAUUUAAGUUUACGGUGACGUACUUCGCAAAGCUUGGAUACUUCGUGAAUGCGUUCAAUGACGUCUACAGCGUCUGGAAUGCCUCAGAGAAAAACUAUUGGAGGAUUUCUAACCAGAACGGAAGUCUUAAUGUCGGUGUGAGUACGUAUGAGCCGCAGAAGGGAGACCGCGUGGUGUUUGAGCUCGUGUCUGGAUAAUCCGCUGCCAUGAGGGGACUUUGCGAUCGAAUUAUCAACUCACGCAGAUUUCAUAACCUUGACCAAAAGCCCCUCGCUGUAGCAAACAUGUGGAAACAAGAUUGUUUGUGUGUGCAACCAGUAAUUGUUUUUAUGCAAACCGUAAUAUAACUAGUUCGUAUUAUUACCUACAUUUGUAUCUUAGAUAUAUAGAAGGUUUAACGUGGUUAAUUAUAAAAAUAAUAUUUACGAAAAUCAUUUCUCUCAAUUAAAAACAUCUUUUUUUAAAGUAAUAAAGCUUAAUUUUUGUAAGAGUGUGGGGGUAAAAUAUUUGAUUUUUUAUAUUAAGUUCACACAGCAAUAAUAAAAACAAUGUGUAUAAGUUUUAAUUAUGAUAAUGUAGCAAAAAAAAAAUUUGAUGCUUUUUAAAUGAUAAAUAAGUACUAUAUAAACUCGUAAAAGAAAAAUAAGUAAUUAUUGUCAUAACAUAUAUCUAGUUUAACAAUGAAACAUGAAUAUUUAUAAGAAGUUAAUUAAAUAUUAAACAUGAA